AUGGAGACGGUAAUUUACGACGAGACUCCUCUCGCCGAGUACCUCAAGGACGAGGGCGAGGAACAGCAACGUGACUGGGCGCAACAGGAACCAGACGUUAUCAUAGACACACCACCGCCGAGCCCGCCAAGUCCCUCGUUCGCGCCCACGGGCAGGCCUUUGGUUAAGGCGCGCUUCCGCAGCAAGAUACCCGACGCGCUCAACAUCAAGCUUCCCACGCCCAAGAAGCGCCUAAGCUCUUUGCAAGAUGGAGCGACCGCAGUCGCUACCAAGCUAGACCGAGCAGACAAUUCCAAAUUCCUGGAAAAGUUCCGCUAUACGAUCGUUGCCUCCCAGUUAUUAAGUGGUCACUCGAUAUUAGGGCAGCAUGGCCAAGCGCAGAGCUCCAAGAUCCACCUCGGAAGCGGCCAAGACCCGAACAUUCCCACGCAAACUGGCCUGCUCCUCACGGCUGUCGGGGCACUUGGGCUCGCCUGGUUCAUCAGCUGGCUAUAUGGCGGAGGAUACACGCACCUGUCGAAGAGGAGAGUGGUGGUAUUUGUGGUAGUGUUUGCCGUUGCUGGUGUCGCGUCACAGGCAUACAUAAGGCAACAAUGGCUCAAAUAUGUCAGGGAGCAGGCAUUGGCAGAGAUCACAACCUUCGUGUCAAGUGCGCAGGACUUCGACAGCGCAUCGAGCGCCGCAGUGGCACUAGUCCAGGAGGUGGAGCUUGUCUCACGCGGAUAUCGCCUCAGCGCACCACUGCCACCCAUCAGCCGAAUCGAGGACCGCAGUCAGACUCGGAGAUGCGUUAGACUCAGGAAAGCAUUGAGGAAGAGCUUCGGAGGGAUCAUUCCCAAGUAUGAGCAGGCUUCCUCGGUGAUCAAAGGGUUCUCUGAACAACUGGAUCUGGAACGGUACUACGACAUCUACGACAUUAGCGACCUUGACAUGUCGGAUGCUUUGCAGGGCUAUUCGGAGAGCGAAUUCGAGGACAUGGAGUCCCUGCGAACCCUAAAGAUCGUGGCAUCACGGUUCCACGUGUUGCGAAAGAUGUUUCUCUGUGCACUCCUCUCGAUGGAGGCGAAGGGCGACGACUCCGAUUUCUUGCGAUGGACCACCGUUGUUGAAUCCCUCCGGACACUGAAUGAGGCCACGACUGCGUCUUAUAAGCGGCUAGGAGAGAUCCUUGGCGAGGAACAGUCAUUCCAGGCCCCGGUCUCGCUCGCAGACAAGGGCCCGCUCUCACCCGGACGCGAGAGAUGGCGCUCACAACUAAGCAAGCUGAACUCUCUCACAACGGGUAUUCGUGGGCUACAGGCCAAGAUGACACUGCUGCGGGAGGAGUCCGACCGGGCCCUAAACACUGCUUCGGACUUGUCAGAGCUGGGACCGAGCCUGAUGGCACAAUACGAGUCGAUUGGUCAAGAUCUGAAGAUGCUCCAACAGGCAUGGGAAGACGGCAGGGCCGCUGUGGCAUCGGGUAUCGACCGCAACGAGAAACGUCUGUCGUCUAUCAGUGGAAUGCUCUCCCCAGCCAUUUCCUUGGGCGGACUGACCACUGUUGAAGAAAGCGGUGGCAGUGUCUCGGACGCGCUGAAGGCACUCACGGGAGAAUCGCCUGACAGUCCUGACGCGGGCAGUAAUUCCGGAGAAAGCGAAGAGAUAUUCGAGGCUGUUGCCGGUCCGCCACAGCGACCCAGGAGUAUGCUGACGAGAAGUGAGAGAAUAGCGAAGAUGAGAGAGGAACGUGAGAAGAGGGCGGAGACGAAGGAGAAGUUCGACGCGAAUCGCGGGAUGCUCAAAGAGCUCGAGAUGGUUAUCAACCUCCGCCCGAACAAGAACAGGAGGCAAACGCUGCCACCGAAUCCGAGCCGUGUCGUCUCCCUCUGA